UUCUUUUCUCCUUCCGUCCCCGGAAUAAUAGACGGCUUCUUCCUUCUUUUGUAUUAACCUCGAAUCCUCCCAACACACUCCCAUACGACUUUCUAUUCUCUUAGGUCGCACCCCGUUCCAGGUAAUAUGUCACCCAAGACUUUCAUUGUCACCGGUGCCUCGAGAGGUAUUGGUCUCGCAAUCUCGAAGUUUCUGCUCACCGCACCUCAAUCCCACAACGUGGUCGUCAUCGCCCGCAGCGUCGAGCCCCUCCAGAAGCUGAAAGACCAGUAUACCAAGCAAGUUGAGGUCCUGAAUGGCGAUCUCGCGGAUUUAUCUCUCGCUCCGAAGGCUGUCGAUCUAGCCUUGAAGUCGUUCGGGCGUCUAGAUGGAUUGGUUUUGAAUCACGGCGUGCUAGGCCAGGUGGGGAAGAUUGCCGAGGCUGAUCCGGAGCAAUGGAAGCAGGGAUUUGAUAUCAACUUCUUCAGCUUGGUGGCUUUUGUUAAAGCUGGACUUCCUGCGCUUCGGGAAUCCAAGGGAAGGAUCGUCUUCACUUCAUCUGCGGCUGCUGUCUCGGCAUUUAAGGGAUGGGGUCUGUAUGGCGCGAGCAAGGCGGCCAUGAACCAUCUGGCUCUGAGUCUUUCAGAGGAAGAGCCUGACGUGACAUCCGUGUCGGUUCAGCCGGGAUUGGUCGACACCGAAUUGCAGCGCGAGAUCCGCGAAGAUCACGCGACCACCCUGGACCCUCAAUUCCAUGCCAUAUUCACCACGGUCCACAAGGAUGGUGGAUUGCUAAAGCCCGAACAGCCGGGUCAUGUUCUGGCCAGAUUGGUGAUUGAUGCUCCGAACUCAUUGUCUGGCAAGUUCUUCGCAUGGGACGACCAAGCUCUGGCGGCUUUUCAAUAGACUACCAGAAGACACCUGUACAUGACAGUCAGUAUAUACCGCCAUGGAAGAUUGUCAUGCGUUGUAGGCAGCUUCAUUGUGUAAUAAUGAACCAAAAGAUGAAAACCAAUCCACUUUACAAGCAUUAGGUGCAGUACGGCAGGAUUAUACGUAGCGUGGACU